UUUGUUUGUUUGUUUGUUUGUUUGUCUGUGUGACGUCAUGAUGGUAGGGCUGGUGCUGUCCGUCAUCAUGGCGCUGUGUGAGAGUCUGUGGCACAUGUGUCGCCGUGGGAGGUUCCCGCUCAACUGGAAAACAAGGAGAAGAGCCACCAACAGCGUGUCCGACCUGGACACGUUUGUUGAAGUGGACCGGAAGAAAAACGGGCACAUCCAGAUGGUCACGACCAUCCGCAUUCCGGGGGUGGACAAGCGUGUUUUUAUUUUUACUUCUCAAUUCCAGAGAAGAGCGGCAAACACCGCCUCGGACAUGAGGCGUCGCCAAAAAAACACAAAUUUUUUCACUAGUUCACAACUGGCCGAAGACUAAAUAAUGACCUCUCCUUUAG